AUGGCAGUCUCGCUUUCUCCUCUCACCCUUCCAUCUCCCAUCUCUUCUCUGUCGCCGCAUCCCCAUUCGUCCCCUCCCCAUUCCUCCCCCCUCAUUCGUCUCCUCGUCCAGCCGUCGUAUGCAGUGAGGGAGGGCGACAGGGUGCAGGGGAGUCUCGCCCCACCACAGUCGCAGCACGCAUUGGAGCCAUCAGCCAUUGCCCUGCACGUGGUGCAUGAGGAUGACCACGUGUCACAGCACGCGUUGGAGCCAUCCGCCAUUGCCCUGCACGUGGUGUAUGAGGAUGACCACGUGGUAGUGAUCAACAAGGCUCCGCACAUGGUGGUGCAUCCCGCUGCAGGCAACUGGCAAGGCACCCUCGUGAACGCACUGCUCCACCAUUACCAGCUCUCCUCCUCCUCCUCCUCCUCCUCCUCCUCCUCCUCCUCCUCCUCCUCCUCCUCCUCCUCCUCCUCCUCCUCCUCCUCCUCCUCCUCCUCCUCCUCCUCCGCAUGCUCUACGACCCAGUCACAUUUUAUGAUAGGAGUGGGGGAGAGGGUAAGGGACUCUCAGCCUUCUGUAACAGCAGAUUGGAAUGAGGAAGAGGAUGAGGAGGAGGAUGAGGACGUGGAGGAAGAGGAAGAAGAGGAGGAGGGAGAGGAGGUGAAGGAGAGGCAGGGAGCAGAGGUGGGAGUCGAAGCAAGCCUUACAAGGGGGGCGGAUGUGCGGCCUGGGAUAGUGCAUCGGUUGGACAAGGGAACGAGCGGGCUGCUUGUGGUAGCCAAGGACCCGUUCAGUCAGGCACACUUAAGCGCGCAGUUCAAGGCUCGCACCGUGCACAGAAGCUACCUCUCUCUUGUCAUUGGCACGCCGUCUCCCCUCUCCGAUCGUGUGGAUGCGGCCAUUGGCACGCCGUCUCCCCUCUCCGAUCGUGUGGAUGCACCCAUUGGUCGAGACCCCAAGGACCGCAAGCGCAUGGCCGUGCUGCCUCUCACAGGCUCUCACCGCAGCAGACGAGCCGCCAGCAGGUACUGGGUGCUGGGUCGGUUGCAGGAGGAAGCAGCUGUGGGGGCAGGAGGUGAUAUUUGA